CCCCUGCUGCAGUGCAUGCUGGGAGGGGUGACUCUGGGUAAUGUAGUUCUGCUGUGCACAGGAAAUGGCAGCAGCCUGGGCUGUGAGAUUUCUGCUUCUCUUCCUGUGUGGUUGCAAAAUUCCCUUUUUCUUUGUUCUUUCUGUUACACAGACAGCAGUUUGCACUUGCUGGCUCAGCUGAGUGGUGAGAUACAUCCUGGAUCGAAAAGGAGUGGGAGCGCCAUCCAGCAUUGGAAAGGAAAAUUUAUUUACAAUAUUAUGGCUGAAAACCUUGAGGAUAAGCUCAGCAAUCUUGACGUUCGACCCAAGAGUGGCCGCAGCCGAAGUGUGGACAGAAAAGAUGGAUACGUUUGGAGUGGAAAGAAGCUUUCCUGGUCGAACAAAAGUGGCCAUUCAUCUCAAGGGGACGCGGUGGAUAAGACGGAUGUCCCUUCCAAGAGCCAGGAAAGGACACACAGCUGUUCCUCUAUUGAAAUAGACUUAGACCACUCAUGUGGACAUAAACUCUUAGGCCGGUCUUUGAAGCAGAAAUUGCAAGACGCCGUAGGGCAGUGCUUUCCCAUAAAGGCUUGCAGCAGCCGCCAUUCAUCCGUACUGUCUUCCAAAAGGAAAAUUCAUAUAAGUGAAUUAAUGCUGGACAAGUGCCCCUUCCCCCCUAAAUCCGACCUGGCUUAUAGGUGGCAUUUUAUCAAAAGACACACUGCCCCCGUCAGCCAGCCGCACAAGCAGUGUGUUGUUAAAGACGCACCAAAGGUGGAACCACUAGCCAUGGCACAUCAUGACUCUGAUGGCUCAGACAGUAUCGUAACCGAUGAACAGGACCCAUCAUUUGCUAUAAACACGGGCACAAUGAAGUCUAUCACCAUCAAGGCCUUGAGAACCAGCAAGGAGGACAGUGACCUUGACUCAGACGAUGAAGUUCUCACACUGUGUGCAAGUUCCCGCAAGAGGAACAAGCCUAAGUGGGAUAUCGAUGAUGAGACCUUCCAGGAAGUAACCCCGCCAAAAUACCACACCCAGAUAGAUUAUGUCCAUUGCCUGGUUCCAGACCUCUUUCAGAUCAAUAACAACCCCUGUUACUGGGGAGUGAUGGACAGGUAUGCAGCAGAGGUCCUCUUAGACGGAAAGCCAGAAGGGACAUUUUUACUUAGGGAUUCUGCACAAGAAGACUACCUUUUUUCCGUCAGCUUCAGGCGUUACAGCCGCUCCCUCCACGCCAGGAUUGAGCAGUGGAAUCACAACUUUAGCUUUGAUGCUCACGAUCCAUGCGUGUUCCAUGCACCCAACGUCACAGGUUUGUUAGAGCAUUACAAGGACCCCAGCUCGUGUAUGUUCUUUGAGCCUCUGCUCUCCAGCCCCCUCCACAGGACAUUCCCCUUCUCUCUGCAGCACAUAUGCAGGACAGUCAUUUGCGGCUCCACGAAUUACGACGGCAUUGAUGCACUUCCAGUCCCUUCUUCCAUGAAACUGUACCUGAAAGAGUACCAUUACAAGUCCAAAGUUCGAGUCCGCAGGGUGGACCUACCAGAACGACCUCAGAAGUGAUAACUAGGUAUAUUAAUAAUGAUUCUUUGUUUUCAAUUGUUAUUGGACACGUUUGGUGCCAAGGAACCCGGUGACCUGAUACCUCCUUGGGUAGGGGGAUGGGGUAGGGUUAUUGAUUAAUGUGGCAUUUGCUUUCAAAGUAUCCUAAUGAGUGACAGGCUGGCUUUUAUUGGAAAAGAUCAAAGAGAAGUUGGGAUCUCUACCUUUUUUUAAAUGGUGUUCAUAAUAUUAUGUUUGAUGGUCUCCGUUGCUAUAGACCUGUAUUUAUGAUUUUAUGGAGGCCUUUUUUGUUUUAUCUGAGGUACGUUGUUGCUUCUAAAAUGUUAUUAAACCAGGAGAGCGGUCCUGCGCCACUGAUGCCAUGGCUAACGUCUACAGUCUUCAUUCUUAUCCAUAUUUGUUCCUUCCAACAGAACGGCAUUCUACUGUGUGUGGUCAACUGGUGCCCACUUAGGACCUCGCAGCCAGUUACAACAGCCAAUAGUUUCUUGUUUAAUGAAAUGUUGAUAUAUGCAUAUCCUCUGAACCCCAUUAGGAAACACUUGUGUUUGAUUGGGAGACGACUACUAGAAUCUGAUUGAUCUGUUUGUAUUAUACUCCACCCAUUAUUUUGGGUGGAGUAUAAUACCUAUUACAGUGGUUCUCAAACUCUGUCCUCAGGACCCCACAUGGUUCUUGUUUUCCAUGUCACCCAGCAGCUGCACUGUGUAUCACCAACUGUCGCAUUUGAGAAAUCUACAGGUGACCUGCAAAACAUGAACCGUGUGGGGUUCUGAGGACCGAGUUUGAGAACCUGUGACCUAUUAUGUCUAGAGAUGAGCGGGUUCGGAUUUGACGCCAGAAUUAACGCCAGUUCGGUUUCAUCCGGAUUUUUUUCUAUUGGCUGUCCAAAACACGUGACAUCCGUGAGCCAAUAAGAUGCCGUUUUGAGAACCGAGUAAAUCCGAGUAAAACCGAACCCGCUCAUCUCUGAUUAUGUCAGUUGCUGCAUUGCUUUCACAAGAAUAAAAAAAUGAAAUCUCAACAUGAUCGUGACAUUGGUGCGGUUAUAAUUAUAAGAAAAUAGCCCCCGCCAUAUAUAAAACAGUAUAACUGUCUCUUUAACAAGGCAUCACCCAGAGAUGGGAGUACUGUAGUUUAACACAGCUAAAACGAAACAGAAAAAAACCAUGUCUAAACAAAGGGAGGUGUGUAUUUGUACUGUAUACUAGCUUUUUGUUAAUGUUAAGGUAUUAUUUGUAUUUAAUAAUAUUAAUAGAAUUAUGAAAUGGCUUUGGAAAGCUGGGGCCUUCUCCCUUACCCAGUCAUUUUCCAUUGGUAGUUAAAACUUUUUGGGAUUUUCAUUGUUCGGUAUAACCAAUCACAUCUAGAAUAUCCUAGUGGUCAUUGUAGCUUAUGGUAAAUGUACGAUGGAGUGAAAUGGAGCCAUUAAAUGUCACGGAAUUUCUCUAUGCAUACCCUCCCCUCCCUAAGCCGUUUCAACUCCAAUAAUAAAAUUUGCAAUCCGUC